AUGUCCCGCCACCAGUAUGAUCUUAUACAGUGCAUGAAAAGGCCAGGAACUCACGUUGCAUUACUAUGUCUGCUGUGCGAUGGCAAAUGUCCUAUAUGUGAUUCCAUGGUCAAGCCUAAAGAGAAAGUUAGAAUAUGCGAUGCCUGUUCCUAUGGUCAUUUGGGAAAACGAUGUAUUAUUUGCAGUGCUCAUCUCGGUGAGAAUGCAGAGCUUGGAUCGCCCGCUUAUUACUGUCAAGAAUGCGUCGUUCAAGAAAAACAUAGAGAAGGUUGUCCAAGGAUUACGAACGUGGGCAGUUCUAAAGCAGACAUGAUAUUCAACAAAAAGAGGAAAGCAAUCACAUAA